GGUUAUUGUGUGCAUGGAGUGUCAGUCCGAGGACUGCUUUCUGGUGGGAGCACAGCCCCGGCUCUGAGGGGUGGACGCUGCGGCUUCCUCCCGGGGAUUACUCUGCACCGCUGGCUGCUGGCGUCUUCGGAAUGGAGUGACACUUCCUUGUGUCCCUGGAACUUCGAUGCGUCUCUGGUGCGUCAUCUGCUUCUAGCUGCGUUUCUCCGUCCACCACGAAGGUGAUGCCAAUUGCCUCCGGCUCAGGACAGCCCUCUGCUCAGGACUCCGGCUGCUUUAGCCACUGUCACCCGGCAGACAGGCUACGGGACCCCAAGCAGCAGCAGCCAGCAGGAGGCGGUGACGGCGGGGGUGGUGGUGGAGGAGGAGGUGGGCUGUUGCCUUUCCAGAUUUGCCUCAAUCCCAGGCAGGCUGAAGCGGGGGCCGAGGCUACUGCAGCCACCAGCAGAGAAGCUGGACUCAGCAGCACACUGCUGGCCGCUCCCCCCCAGCACCCACUUCUUGUGCAGGUCACCCCGUCUUUCACUUCCCCUUCCUCUUUUUUCCAGGCUCUGUCCUCUGCUUCCUCUCCCCCCUCAUCUCCUCUGCCCCCUGCAGCUCCUUCCUUCCUAUUCCCAGCUUUCCUGGAGCCCCCAAGGACUAGAUCCAGAUCUAGGUCUGGAUUCAUCAUGAACCAACAACAUCAGCUGCAUGGCUUGCCUGGGGUAACCCACUUCCACCAUCACCAGCUCCAGACACCACCUCCUUACCUUAUCUCAACUGCCCUGCAUGGGCCAGGCAUGGACAGAAAUGAUAACAACCCCCCAGAGGGAGCAAGGCAACCCCACAGUCCACCAGUGGUGGCCAGGAGGAGGGUAAACAGUCCGACCACCAAUGAACACCACCAUCAUCAUUACCACCAUCACCACAUACGACCUCCGCCAGGUCAUUUGGGCCCCUCGUUUCAGUGUCAGCCAGUUCAUCAUGACCACAUACGCAACGAUGACAGCGAAAAGAACGAAGACAGUCCCAGUCCAAAAAGACAGAGACUAUCAAAUUCAGUCUUUGAUUACGCAGCACCGUCACCCGCACCAUCACCGCCAAUGCGACCAUGGGAGAUGUCAUCAAAUAGGCGGCCUCCUUCGGCCCGCCCCAAUCAGCACCAUUUCUCAGGGGAAAGAUGCAACACUCCUGCACGCAACAGGAGGAGCCCUCCAGUCAGGCGACAGAGAGGACGAAGGGAUAGACUUUCUCGUCACAAUUCCAUUAGCCAAGAUGAAAAUUAUCAUCACCUUUCCUAUGGUCAGCAGCCAGCAGUAGAAGAACCCAGGGCUUUUCACCCACCGAAUGUAUCCCCACGUAUGCUCCAUCCUGCGGCACAUGCACAACAGCAGAAUGCGGUAAUGGUUGACAUUCAUGAGCAGAUUCACCAGGGCGCAGUGCCAGUUUCGUACACUGUCACGACUGUAGCACCACAUGGAAUUCCCCUUUGUACUGGACAGCACAUCCCUGCCUGCAGUGCACAACAGGUUCCAGGCUGUUCUGUGGUCUUCAGUGGGCAGCACUUACCAGUCUGCAGCGUGCCUCCUCCAAUGCUUCAAGCUUGCUCGGUUCAACAUUUACCAGUUCCCUAUGCUGCUUUCCCUCCCCUCCUUUCCAGCGAUCCAUUCCUGUUACAUCCACCUCACCUUUCCCCGCAUCACCAUGCACAUCUUCCCCCUCCUGGCCAAUUUGUGCCCUUCCAGACACAACAGUCUCGAUCGCCUCUGCAGAGAAUAGAGAAUGAAGUGGAACUGUUGGGUGAGCAUCUACCUGUAGGAGGAUUUACGUAUCCUCCACCUGCUCACGCGCCCACCUUACAACCCUCUGCACCGUUACAGUUCAUCACUCACGAUCCUUUGCACCAGGAGGUUUCUUUUGGAGUUCCCUAUCCUCCAUUUAUGCCUCGAAGACUAACUGGUCGUAGCAGAUACCGAUCACAACAACCAAUACCACCACCACCUUACCAUCCAAGCCUUUUACCUUAUGUUCUAUCAAUGCUUCCAGUGCCUCCUACUGUGGGACCAGCCUUUAGCUUCGAAUUGGAUGUAGAAGAUGGAGAGGUGGAAAACUAUGAGGUUGGUGCAUUGCUAAAUCUUGCUGAAAGGUUGGGUGAGGCUAAACCACGAGGAUUAACAAAAGCAGAUAUAGAACAGCUUCCGUCGUAUAGAUUUAACCCAAACAACCACCAGUCAGAGCAGACCUUGUGUGUAGUAUGCAUGUGUGAUUUCGAGUCAAGGCAACUUCUAAGAGUCCUACCGUGCAACCAUGAAUUCCAUGCCAAGUGUGUUGACAAGUGGCUUAAGGCAAACCGUACCUGCCCUAUAUGUCGAGCUGAUGCUUCAGAAGUUCAUCGUGAUUCCGAAUGACCGGUCUGACAGCACAAGUCCAGCUCGGGUGUUCCUAGUCACAUGUGUAUUUGUGUAUUUUCCAAUGCACAUGCAUAGCAACCAUCCAUUGAACUUAACCCGUGUGGCUUCCAGCCUAUUCUUUACACAAAAGGGUCGAUGGAUCUCUUUUUGCACUGUGUGAUUUAAUCAAUUAUAAAGCUUCUAAUUAGUCUUCACAAUUAUGGGAUUGUUAUACUAACCGUGUGAUUGGGACUCCAAAGAUUAUUUUUUAUAUUCCUUAGCUUAUUUUGUGUGUGCACUAACAUUCCCUGGUUUUCGUGUGAUCAUUCCGAGUGUUUUUUGCUGCAAGAUUACGUGGAUGUGAUCUUUUAGCAUGUGCUUUUAUAUUUAAACAGGAAAAAAAAAAAGACUAAAAACAAAACAAAUGACAGUGGUAGCU